AUGCCACCUUGCCCACCAAACCAUUCAGUGACAGUCCAAAGGCCUUUCCCUUUGUCUCAUGGCACAACAACCCUGGGUUUCAUCUAUCAAGGUGGGGUGAUUGCAGCUGCAGAUACACGUGCCAGUGCUGGGGGGCUUGUUGCCUGUCCGGCUGUUCAUAAGAUUACCCCUAUUCACUCUCAUUUAGUGGUCACCUCCUCUGGUAGCGGUGCUGACUGCAUGCUGUGGGAGCGGAUUCUGAUUAGAGAGAUUCGACUCUACCAACUGCGACACAGGCGACGUCUUUCAAUACGUGCUACUGCCAAGCUUCUCUCAUUCAUGCUGCAUCCCUUUAAAGGUACUGAAGUGUGUGUGGCUCUCACUCUGUGUGGCUGGGAUAACAAUGGUCCAAAGGUGAUAUAUGUGUGCAGCGAUGGAGCCUUUUUGCAAGGAAAUGUCUUCUCUGUGGGCUCAGGUUCUCCUUAUGCUUAUGGAGUACUUGAUGGAGGGUUGGGGAGUAACCUCAGUAAAGAAGAAGCCAUCUCCUUGGCGAGAGAAGCAGUGUUCAGAGCCACUCACAGGGAUGCCUACUCAGGGAACAAUGUGGACCUCUUCCAUAUUACAGCCCAGGGAUGGAGCCAGAGAAAAAGGGAGGACCUGAAAGAAGAAUAUUACAGAGACAUGGAGAGGAGGGCUGCAGAUCCAAAACGAAAGAAAAAAAGUGGCAAAACUAAAUUCUCCUAA